UACCCCAGCAUCCCCCGCGCGCGAGGCUGGGCGCCCCAGGGAGUCUGAUCACCAUGCCAUCUCCUCUCCUCCUCUUCCUCGCGCUCUUCCUUGUCCCCGCGGGAAUCAGGGCCCGGGAACCACACCUAGUGGAGGUUAAAGAGGGAGGCAAUGCUGUGCUGUCGUGCCUUGGAGGUCCCACAGAUGGUCCCACUGAGCAACUGGCCUGGUUUCAGGGGCCCCAGUCAAAACCCUUCCUAGAGCUGAGCCUAGGGUUACCAGGCCUGGGCGUCCAUGUGGGGCCUCUGGGUACCCUGAAGGAGCCCCAGGGAACCCUGCUGUUCAUCUUCAAUGUCUCCGACCAGAUGGGGGGCUUCUACCUGUGCCAACCAGGCCCCCCUUCUGAGCAGGCCUGGCAGCCUGGCUGGACGGUCAGCGUGAAGGGCAGCGGGGAAAUGUUCCGGUGGAAUGCUUCAGACCUCAAUGACCCAAGCUGUGACCCGGAGAACAGUCCCUCAAAGGGCAGCAGGCCCUCUUCUGGUCACCCUACAAGGCCUCAGCUGUAUGUGUGGGUCAAGGAUCACCCUGAGAUCUUAUACACAGACCCUGCAUGUGCCCCACCUAAUGGCAGUUUGAACCAGAGCAAUAACCAGGACCUCACCGUGGCCCCUGGCUCCACACUCUCGCUGACCUGUGGGGCGUCCCGUUCCUCUCUGGCCAGAGGCUCCGUCUCCUGGAUCUACGUGCAUCCCAACAAGCGUAGAAUCCCAUUGCUGAGCUUAAAAGUGAGGGAGGAUGCCCAAUCCAGAGAGAGGUGGGUCCUGGGCACCCCUGGAGGAAAGGCUGUUCUAGUGCUGCCCGAGGCCACAGCUCAAGAUGCUGGCACCUAUCAUUGUAACCAUGGCAACAUGACCACCCAGAUGCGGCUGAAGGUCACUACCCAGUCAGCAGUAUGGCACUGGCUGCUGGAGACUGGUGGCUGGAUAGUCCCUGUUGUGACGCUAGCUUAUCUGAUCUUCUGCCUGGGUUCCCUGGUGGGCUUUCUUCAUCUUCGAAGAGCCCUGAUCCUGAGGAGGAAAAGAAAGAGAAUGACGGACCCCACCAGAAGGUUCUACAAAGUGUCGCCUCCCACGGGAAACGGGGCCCAGAGCCAGUACGGGAACAUGCUCUCCCUCUCCGCGCCCCACUCUGGCACGGGACGCGCCCUGCGGUGGGCUGCGGGCCUGGGAGCCGCCGGGCAGUCCUACGGAAACCCGCACAGCGACGUCCAGGAGGCCAGAGCCGCGGGGUCCUGGAGCCCUCCAGGAGGCGGCCCAGAAGAAGAGGAAGGGGAGGCUUAUGAGGAGCCGGACAGUGAGGAGGGCUCCGAGUUCUAUGAGAAUGACUCUAACCGUGGGCAGGACCACCUCUCCCAGGAUGGCAGUGGCUAUGAGAAUCCUGAGGAUGAAGACUCCUUCUCCAAUGCAGCUGAGUCUUAUGAGAAUGAGGAUGAAGAGCUCCCCCAGCCAGUUGCCAGGACAACAGACUUCCUGAGCCCCCAUGGGUCAGCCUGGGACCCCAGCAGGGAGGCAACCUCCCUUGGGUCCCAGUCCUAUGAGGAUAUGAGAGGGAUCCUGUAUGCAGCCCCCCAGCUCCGCUUCGUUCGAGCCCAGCCUGGUCCCAAUCAUGAGGAAGAUGCAGACUCUUAUGAGAACAUGGAUAAUCCUGAUGGGCCAGAACCAGCAUGGGGAGGAGGGGGCCGCAUGGGCACCUGGAGCACUAGGUGAUUCCCUCCAGCCUGGGCUUCCUCAGGCCCCUGAGAUCCUCACCAGACUCUGAAAUCCGGGACCCCAAGCAGAUGGUGUCGGCCUCUGGAGCAGUGUUACUCAGGAUGUCUACCCAUGUGUGUGUACACAAGUGAAGCUUUGACCCACUUUGCACUUCCCAGAUAAACUCAGUGAGCUCUUCCAAUCUUGUGAUGUAGUGCCCUGUAUGGGAGGGGAAGGGAAGGUGAGGAUGGCUGUACUCCCAUCCCUUCCCUAGCCAGCAGAGGAGGGAGAGCUGCAUCUCGGGUACCACAGGGCCUUUACCCUCCUGUGGCUUGGUCUGCACUCAUUUUCCUCGCUUGCCUGCCAUUCCCACCAUACAGUCAUUCAAUUAUUGUUCAUUUAGCAGUUGUAUGUGGGGCUCCCAGUGAAGAGAAAGCAAUCCAGGAAUUGGCAGCCAUCACUGCCAUUUACUGAGCAUCUACUAAGUUCUAACAUCAAUGAACAUAUUUAAUCUUACCAUAACCUCAAAGGUUACUGAGCUCUUAUGUGCCAGGAUUGUAUCAAAGUAUUUUAUGUAUAUUUUAUGUAUUUUAUGUAUAUUAGUUUACGUGAUCUUCACAAACAACCCUAUUUCAUGGAAGAGGAUUUAACAUCUGAGGCAGAGAUGCUAAAUAACAUGCCCAAGGCUUGCCUACCUAAUAAUUGUUGGGGUCAGAACUUGACCUCUGGCAGUCUAAUUCCAGAGUCUAUAUCAUUCUUGACACUCUCUUCCUAGGUGCAGUUUUGUAGAUGGAAAACCAAGUGCCAGAGAGGCCAAGUAACAGGUCUAAGGUCAUACAACAAGCACUUCACAGAGCUGGAAGUGAAUCUCAAAAUCUGGCUGCAAUUCUAGCCCUUGUGCCUACUACCUGAUAAGCUGCCUAUGAUAUAAACCAGGAACACAAAGACUUUCAGAGCUAAAAGUCCCCAGGCCCUGAAACCAUUACGUAGCAAGCGCCACCACAAACUCCUGUCACAGGCACAGGCAGAAUCAGUCACCUGAGGUGGAUAGUCCUGGUGUCUUCUGCCUGGUCUCCCCAACUCCAGUACUCUUCCGAAACCCAGGACUGCUACCUGAAACCCACGUCCCUCUCCUGCUCCAGAAGUUUCCAUGCUCUCUGUAAGACUGCCUAGAUUUUUUCAGUACCUACGUUUUUAUUUCUAGCAUUCCUUUUCUUAAUGUUCCAGUUCUUUCUACAUAAUGUCCUGUGUUUGUUUUAAAGACUCUGUUUCUUCUUCAUCUCUGAACCUUUAAAAUGGGCAUUCUAAUAAAUUCUAAUAAAUGCUU